AUGGAGGCCGUAGCGUACGACAACCACAACCACUCGAGCUACGCCCGAAUCCACCAAAACUCGCAUCACCAAUAUCCUCAUUCUUCGACUUCGCCUCUUCCCGUGCCUGGGACCCAUGGCAAUUCCCGCUACCAGCACGAGCUUGAAGGCGAGGGGCAUUAUCCGAUCCACGAUGCUCUACCGCCAUCAACCCCGAUUCAUGUCUCGACAAGCUUCCCUAUGUCCGAAGUCGAGACGGUGUUUUCCAACAAUCAAGCACCGUCGACUCAGGCCAGCGUAAUAGACAUGUCGGGCCCGCCUCCGCCUUCUCAUCCUCCUCCACCAUGGAAACCUGGCCUUGACAUUCCACCACCACCACCACCACCACCACCUCCUCCUCCUCCGCCACGUCUAUUCUAUCUUCGACCUCCAACUGUAUCAUCUCCGUCAUCCCCGCACGCGUCAAGUCGCCCCUCGUUCUAUCUACCGCCGCCUCCACCUCCACCUCAACCACCACCUGGCAAUUUCAUCACCAAUACAAAUCUACGCCCACCAUUCACAUAUAACCUUGACACGGUUUCACCUCCACAGCGGCUCUCUCAGCAGACAUUGCCGACGCCACCACCUCGAAUGACCUUUAGUUCUGUAUCCAAUUCUCCAGGUGAUGCACCCGCUCAGACUCAAACACCAAAUUUGGGACCACCGAGAGGAUUUGUUAGCUUUGGACCACCACACAGCGCUCACCAGUCGCGAAACAAGAGUAAUCUGGCAUUCCACUUGGCCCCAAAAGCAUCAACUCAGCCCGAACUUCGGGAUACCACUUCUACAUCUCAAUCUUCAAACCAUACAAUCCCGCGGUUAAUUGAUGAUGAGGUAUCUUUCUCUGAUUCUCUGUCCGAUGAGGACUCUCUUGUCCUCCGAAACUCGCGUCAGUUUCCCCCUCUAUAUCCUACAGCUUCCAAUUUGAAUCCACAAGGAGGAAAUCGUAAGACUUCUAUGACAACUCGUAUAACCAACUGGAUAUCUGAAUAUGAGCGAGAUCGCGCCCCGAAAGAUCGCCUGGAAUUGAGCACCAGCCUCGAUCCUGUCUUGGAAACCACCAGGGGUAGCAGAAGUCAUCGAUCGAAAGGGUCUGCCCCUGCUGAGGAUACUUUGGAGCUACUCUGGGUCAAACUCAAAGAUCAACGGGUCAAGUUGAACGACAUCAAGAGCCAAAUGGCCAAGAAGCGAAAAAGAUUAAGAGAGUUGAGGAGACAGAGGGACGAUGCAGACAAUACAUUCAUGGGUGUCGUUCGACCCAUGCUGAUUGCUCAACAAGGGCAGAUAGUAACAGGACCUGCCACUCUGGAACGACAUCUGGCAGAGCUGCAGCGGCUGAGAACUGAAUACCAAGCCUAUGAAAACGAUUACGAAGAUCUUGAGAUCACCUUGGAUGAAGAAGAGGAAAUCCUCAACAGGCUAGAGAUUCGAUUCUUUAGUUUGCUUGCGGUUGGCCAAGCCGUUCCUCUCGAGCAGCCUCCUGAAGAAGACGACAAAAAGCAUGAGGAAGAUAAGAAUGUUCCCAAUGAUCUAAUGGGCAUAUCUCCAGAUGGCCCAUCCGAGGAUCUGCAUCCUAUGUAUCUGGAUCUCAUGGCUGCAGUCGGUGACCUUGAGAACGCCAAGGAAGAGCUUGACGAGCUACUAUUUCUCAAGGAGCAGCAUGAGGGAGAAUUAAAGAUGAAGGCAGCCGCGGGUAUGGAGCUGAACGAGGCUGAGAUCGAAUUCUUCGAUGAGUUCCCUCUGGAAGAGCAAGAAAUGCGCAACAGUGUCACCAGCCUGCAGCGACAAGCAACUGCUCUCCGAAAGCUGUGCGAGGAAAAGGGAGUGAUGCAAAAGCAUUUGUCGUCACGCGUUGCUUAUCUUCUCAAUCCUGAAAAUGGGUAUGAGGACAUAGAACUCGAUGACGCCUCCGUGAUACUGCGCAGCCGGACAGAUCUUGCACAUCCCACAUUCCCUGUUCUUCUGAGCCAGCCUGAACACGUUAUGGCUGACGAAUUCCCCCUGACACCGCGUGAUGCACUCAAGGCAGCAGCAGCCCUACCGGUGACUGACCCGGGGAAACCAAGCCGCAUGCAGCUUGCAUCCAAAGAGUAUUCCAUCGAUCGGCUAAUGCUGGAUCAUGGAGAGGGUGGCAAGGGUGAUUUUAUUAAUAGAUGGCUUUUGCACCAGCUUAGGCUGUCGUCAGUGAAUGCGCUGCUUCUCCAUACAACCUUCACCAAGAGUCGGGGACUCAAGAUCCGUGAUCUUGAUCGCUGGCAGAGUGAUGUACUGCACUAUUGGUGGAACGACGAGGGUGCAGAACUACCAGAAGACAUGACGCAGCUUGUAACAAGCGAACACUCGAAUGACGGCUCAAGAAUUGGAACGAACCAGCUCUCAAGGGCAGUGACCUAUACCCCAGGCGUGUCGGGCGGUAGACAGAGCCUAUUGACGUCGAGCAGUGUCGCACAUUCUGCCUGGUGA